CUUGCAAUUGUAAAUAAAUAAACUUUAAUAAGCGGCAAAUUAAUGGUUCUUAUCACUGAACUGAAACAAGCGGCUGGUAAUAAUAGCUCAUGUAGCAUGCCCAGUAAAAUGAUAAGUCAAUAACUGCACCACAAUUAUAACGACAAUACAUACAGUUCAAAUUAGAGAGAUUAUAGUAAAGAAUCAGUGAUGUCCGAUAAGUCAGUGUGAAAAGAUCAUUGUGGGAGCCGGUAAAAGCAACACAAACUAAACAGUUACUUGCGGGCAUAGUGUUUUUGCAUUAAAUACAACACAAGCUUUUCUAUUUUAAGACUAAGUUAGAUUGCAAAAAAGGAAAACAUAUUGAUUUGAAAUGUUGGCUAAUAUGGUAGCAAAAACACCGUUUUUAAGAUCAGAUUGCUCAAAGAACAAAGCGAGGGCAAAGUUCACUGUCGAUGCUCCAUAAUAUGUAUAUAUGAAUAUAUAAACAAUCGACUAUUACAUAUUUAAAAAAGUGGCUAUUGGGAAAAAAGCUUCACGAAACUGAGUUGUCUUAAAAUCGAACUCGCAAUAUGCAUUUCAUUUACAACAUAUUGGGAAAAAGUUAUUCUUUAAAUAUGUGAAUAUGCGUGUAUAAUUGGUGCCAUUGACUGUGCAAAAAAAAAAAAAUAAAAAUAAAAAACAAAAAAUCGUGCCGUGUUUGUGUUACUAGUUAGUAUUUCUGUGUGUUACACUUGCUUUACUGAGUUACUACUUUUAAAAGCAGCAACGAAAUUGUGUUUGAAAUAAAACAGUUCUAUCGUUAAUAACAAUUUCUUAAUCGGAUGCAGUUAAACCCAGGAGUACUGGAGAAAUCGUGCAAAAAUUUUCUAAUAGAAUAUAAAUUUAUCUCCAUAAAAUGUUUAAGUCAAAAACCUUGACUCGUCAAUUGACUAAAGAAUUUCGUUUGUGGCGCAAAUUCAGUAGUCACAACAGAGAAAGUUGUGUGAAUCCAGCGAAAUAUCCACCACCACAAUUCAAAUUGCAACGUGCCCUAAUAAUUACGAAAUUUUCACGUUAUGAAUUCGAGCAGAUGCGCUAUCCUCAACUCAAUCGAGAGCAGUUGGAGAGGAAGUUACGCGAUCGUGGCACGGAUUAUGAGAUGCUCAUGUAUUUGCAUAAUUUACACAAGGACUUUGAGAGAAAUGUCGUACAGAGCUUCUUGGAUGUGGGAUGCGAAGUGAAGGUGGCGAAUAGAGUCGAAUUUAGAAGCUCCCUAAGCAAGGAGAUCAUGAAAUGGGCCGAUCUGAUUGUACCAGUGGGCGGUGACGGCACCUUCCUACUAGCAGCCGGACGUGCCAGCCCACUCUUUGCGCAGAGUCAACAAAAGACACCAAUUGUUGGCUUCAAUUCCGAUCCGCAACGCUCUGAGGGACGUUUAAUGUUACCAAAACAUUAUACAGAGAAUACGGCAGACGCGGUGGCCAAGAUCAAGAGUGGUGAUUUUCAAUGGAUGUAUCGUACGCGCAUACGCACAUCCAUACUCGGCAGUAAUGGUAAAAUACCGGAAUCCACUGAUCUGUAUCGGCACACCGUGACCAAAAUGGAACAAGAGAAGACUGAGCCAGAAUAUUUGAGUAAAGCGUGGUCGUUGCGUUAUAAGGCGAAAAUGAAAAGGGUCUUGCCCUAUCUGGCGCUUAAUGAGGUGUUUAUUGGUGAGCAGCUUUCGGCGCGUGUCUCACAUUUGCAAUUAGUAAUCAAUCAUGAGAAUGUGGAUAAUAAAACAAAAUGUUCGGGCUUAUGUGUGAGCACUGGCACCGGUUCGACAUCGUGGCAUACUAGCAUAAAUCGUAUCACCAACCAACAGGUUGAAGACCUUGUUAGCAUAUUACCGAUUCCAGAGCCCAAAGGAGGAAAACCAAUGCCGGCUUUCGAUGCAGAGGAAAUAGCAAAUCAAUAUAAUCAAAAUCUACGCUUCGCGCCAGAUGACCCACGAAUAUGCUAUUCGAUACGCGAGCAAAUUUGUGUUGGUGUUUGGCCGAGUCCAAGGAACUUUAAGGCGCGUCGAUUUGUCAAUAGUCUCUUCGUGAAGUCACGUUGUAUUGAUGCGAAUUUGGUAAUCGACGGCAGCAUUUCCUAUCCAUUCAAUGACGGUGCGAAGGCGUUGCUGGAGGUACAUCCAGAAGAUGCACUACUUACAAUAUCAUUGGACUAAAUCAUAAACUAAAAUUUUCUACCAUUAUAAGCCAAUUAAAAGUGAAUAUUUUGGAUAUAAUAUUAAGAAAUAAAUAUUGAAUAAUUGAUAUAACAACCUACGAUAUUUGUAUGCGUUUAUAGAUAUGUAAGUUUUUGAUUAAGCUAACGAUAGUUAUGUAUGUAAAGUGUGCCUGCUAUUGUUGAAUAAAUAAGAAAAUCUGUUUUCACGUAUGUAUGU